AGGUGGGAAUAGGGCACUGUUAGGUAACGACCCAUGCUAAUAUGUAAAGAUCUUUUGGGAGGGUGGUGUGGAGAAAGAGAAGAGAUGUGAAAGGGGCACUGUAGAGUAAGCACCCCUAAUGACAUGUUCAGCUCUUUCCCUGUUUAAAAAAAGGGCAGCUCAUUUGCACUUUCCAGGUUCUCCUCAUUGACACAUCUACAGGUGAUCUUUGAGAUUAAAAUGUAUUCUUGCGGUUUUCUUUCAACCAUUAGGUCUUCAAAGCAAUGAAUAUGCAGCUAUGCAAAUACAACACCUUCCGAAGGCAUGCCAGGAUGUUCAUUGAGCCAGCGAUUGUUUCUUACUGGCAAAAAUCACAGGAAGGCAUGCUACAGAAGCUCCAUGCAGAGGAGAAAGUGAUAGUUGGUGGUGAUAUGAGGGCUGACUCCCCAGGCCACUCUGCAAAGUUCGGAAGCUACACUAUGAUGGACCUGAAGAACAACAAAGUCGUUGACCUCCAGUUGGUUCAGAGCAAUGAGGUUGGUGGAAGCUACCACAUGGAGUUAGAGGGCCUGAAAAGGAGUCUGGAGUUGUUAAAGGAACGUGGUGUGACUCUGGACUGUAUUGUCACGGACAGACAUCUGCAAAUUCAGAAAUUCCUAAGGGAAAGCAGCAUCACCCAAUUCUUUGAUGUGUGGCACAUAGAAAAAGGGAUUUCUAAGCAACUGGAGAAGGCUGCAAAAAAGAAGGACUGCGAAAAACUUCGAGGGUGGGUGAAGAGUAUAAGAAACCACAUAUACUGGACUGCAGCAACCUCCACCACCGGGCCUGAGAGAGUGGCCAAAUGGACUUCCAUCCUGAACCACGUGCAGGAUAUCCACUCUCAUGAUGACCCCCUGUUCCCCAAGUGCCUUCAUCCACUGCGCAUUGCGCAAUACCAAUGGAAGGCUGCAGGAACGCCGGCCUUUCACAAGCUGGAGACAAUUCUCUCAACCAAGAGGAUUUUGAAAGCUGUGGCCAAACUCAGCCCACACCACCAGACUUCAUCUUUGGAGUCAUUCCAUGCCGUCAUCCUGCGCUUUGCUCCAAAGAAUGUUGUGUUUCCAUUUCUUGGAAUGUUGUGCAGACUGUACCUGGCAGCCCUGCACUACAAUGAAAACGCUGAGCGUGCACAAGCCACUACAUCCACUGGAAAGCCUCUGUAUAAACUGCAGUUCCCAAAGGCCAGGAAGGGAGAAUGCAGAGCAAAACCAGUAAAGACUGACCCCACAUUCUGCUACGUGGCCAACUUGAUGGACCUCAUCUUCGACCAAGUCUUUGUGGACCCUGCACCAUUCACACAGGAGCUUCUGAAGAUACCCAUCCCAGAGGACCUGUGUUCCCAAUAUGAGCGACCUGACAGGGAGGAGGUCAUCUCCGGGUAUGCUACUCGGUUCAAUUUGGCUGCUGUCUGAACCCAACAUAGAUAUUUCGCGGAUCAGGAAACUCUCUGCGAAUCCUGAGGACAACGCAGGCCGGAAUCACCACUCUGAUCCUGCGUCCAAGGAAGCCCCAGCACCAGCUCACAAAGCUUCUCUAGGCUAGAUACCUGU